GCAAGUCCCUUGGGAAAAUGCUUUUUCACUGGUUCCAGGCAGAGGCUUCCCUUGUUUCGCCACCAUUGAAUACUUCUGACGCUUCAUUUUUCAGAUGGCUUAUGUGAUCGCUGAGUUCGUUGAGGACAAACAGGUGGAGGUGGUGCCAGUGACCUGGGUGGAGGGUGACAAGUGUGCGUGGCCCGACAACCUCAAAGGCAACAGAGUGACAUCCUUAGUAAAGAAAUCUGUACCACCAGACACCUUCUGGAAGUGCUACAGCGUAGCAGUGAAAGGGGUAUUUGCAACAUAUGAACAAGCAAGGGCCAAACUUAAUGACAGCCAGUAUACAUCAGACCUGGGCACAGGAUCGGAAAUGUCUCAAGGAAAAAGGACAAGGAGGCCACCAGCUCAGUGGUCUGACUCGGAUGAGCCUAACACACCACCGCCACCCAAGAAGGCCAAGCAAAGCUCCAGCAAGCAAAUUCCAGCUCCACCAAGCAACUUCCCACUAGUGCAGCAAGACAGCUGUGAAGAGUCUGAAGGACCCUAG